CCAGAGAACAUGAUGCCUCCUGCAAGUCAACUCGUGUACUCUCGCAAACACAGCUGAAAUAUUAGAGCUCUAUUGUAUCGGAGGAGGAGGUGGUGUGACACAUCGCCGCGCUCCUAAACGCUCUCCUGCUUCUUCUGGUGAGACUGGAGCGGACCGUCAGCGAGCACCCUGGCCGGCACGCUGGCAUUUCUACGCGUUUUAGCCUCUGCCGACCUCGUUAUCUUGAGGCUCAAGUGGCAGGUCUCUAUCUUCUCGCCACAAACCCUAGUGUUUCACUAAAAGCAUGGUCAUGGCUGACUGUCACCAAAAGCCAGUGCUCAGGGGUCCCGUCCGAGUGGGCUUCUACGAUAUCGAACGGACUCUUGGAAAGGGGAAUUUCGCUGUUGUAAAACUGGCAAGACAUCGUAUAACCAAGACAGAGGUGGCUAUAAAGAUCAUCGACAAGACCCAAUUGGAUGCUGUGAACCUGGAGAAGAUCUAUCGUGAAGUACAGAUCAUGAAAAUGCUGGACCAUCCGCACAUCAUUAAACUGUACCAGGUCAUGGAGACCAAGAAUAUGCUGUACCUUGUGACAGAAUACGCCAAGAAUGGGGAAAUCUUUGACUACCUAGCCAAGCAUGGACGGCUGAGUGAACCAGAGGCACGACGCAAGUUUUGGCAAAUUCUGUCUGCUGUUGAGUACUGCCACAAUCGAAACAUCGUUCACCGGGACUUGAAGGCGGAGAAUCUGCUGCUGGAUGGACACAUGAACAUCAAGAUUGCUGAUUUUGGCUUUGGAAAUUUCUUCCAGCCGGGAAAGCCCCUGGCCACAUGGUGUGGGAGUCCUCCAUAUGCAGCUCCGGAGGUGUUUGAGGGACAGCAGUAUGAGGGACCCCAGCUGGACAUCUGGAGUAUGGGGGUGGUUCUGUACGUGCUGGUGUGUGGCGCCCUGCCCUUCGAUGGCCCCUCUCUCCCCAUUCUGCGGCAGCGUGUUCUGGAGGGACGUUUCCGUAUUCCUUACUUCAUGACAGAAGACUGUGAGCAUCUGAUCAGGCGAAUGUUGGUGUUAGACCCCUCCAAGCGUCUGUCUAUAGGACAAAUAAAGGAACACAAGUGGAUGGUGAUGGAGGUGCCUGUGCAGCGGCCGAUGUUAUAUCAGCAGACUGUAGAGGGGGAGGCUCGUGUGGGAGAAUACAGUGAACAGGUGCUCCGGUUGAUGCAUAGCCUGGGCAUUGACCAGCACAAGACAGUAGAGUCUCUUCAGAAUAAGAGUUACAAUCAUUUUGCUGCUAUCUACUACUUGCUGGUUGAGAGGCUAAAGGCCCACCGCUGCAGUUUCCCAGUGGAGCCCCGACUCGAUGCCUGCCAGAGACGUCCCAGUACGAUUGCAGAGCAGACUGUCAUCAAGGCGAGCAGCGCUGCUCCUCAGGUGAGCCUCCUGCCUCAGAACGUGCGUCUCCUGAGAUCCCCAGCUGUGCCUCAAGCCCCUGCAGACUCCUUCACGUUCCCACAGUCCUCCUGUGCUACUGAACACAGCCUCAUGGAGGAGGAGGUUGGGAUUCCCAAAGUCAACGGCUGCAUGCUGGACCCCCUGCCCCCUGUGGCUGUUCGCAAAUCCAGUGCCUCGUCCCCCAGCAACAUGAUGGAGACAUCUAUAGACGAGGGCAUCGAGACGGAGGAGCUGGACACCGAGGAUGAUCAUACCCAUGUCUUCAAUGCCUAUCAGACGGCCCGCUUUGGUCAGCGCAGACACACGCUGUCUGAGGUCACCAAUCAGCCAGGAAUCAUGACCAGUGGAGGUAAACUGUUCAGCGUGAGUCAUAACCCCUCUCUGGGUAGCGUGGACUCCGAGUAUGAUAUGGGCUCCAUGCACAGUGACCUCAGUCUGCUGGAGGAUGCACCCUCUCUUAACGAGGUGGUCCUGGCCAACACACCCAUCACCCGCAUGACUCCGCCCUUCAUCAGCGCUCGGCCCGCUAACCCCACCAUGCAAGCGCUGAGCGCCCAGAGGAGAGAGACCCACAACCGCUCUCCCAUCAGCUUCCGCGAGGGCCGCAGAGCAUCAGACACCUCACUCACACAAGGCUUGGUGGCCUUUAGACAGCACCUACAGAAUCUGGCACGGACCAAAGGUAUCCUGGAGCUAAAUAAGGUGUAUCAGCAGAUGGGCUCUGGAGAAACCCUUUCCCUGGGGCUGCUGAGCGCUCAGGCCCAUCCACAUGACUUAUUGGAUCCUGCACUACAGGAGGAAAGAGGUCACCAGCACGACAUGGCUCUGUGCUCAGGUGGAACACACCCCGCACUGUUAUCAAGGAGACAGAGUCUGGAGCCGCAGUACCUCUCUCACAGAAUACAGUUCCUCAAAAUUGGCACACCAUGA